GGGAAAAGCUCUCCCGCCUCUUGAGGUGUUGACGUGUUAAAGCGCUUUUUGGAGCUGCUGUCAUUUCCCCAUCGCGGAACCUGGACAUUUAAUGGUCACUUCCCUCUGCAAGGGAGAUUAAUGCUCGGAGGCAGAUUAUUAUUUUAAACAUCAUCCCUUGCAACCUCCCUUUCCUCUCCUUUCUUUCCCCCUUUGAAAGGGUCGUGAGGCAGGACUGAAAGGUAUAAAGGGGGGCGGGGGGAUUACAAGACUUCCAGCCAUUGGGCUCGGUGCUUUGCAAUCGUGCGGGAGAUUCACUGAUGGUGGAAGCAGUGGAGGGGAAUGCUCCCAAUGGGUUAACUGGAUGCCGACAGUCAGCAGAAGCGAGGACAUCUCCACAUUAACCAGCGACACUGUUACUGGCGGGAGGACUGACCAGCUCCACUGCAGGGCUGCAGCUCAGCAUGUGAACACCCAUAACCAGGGCUGACGAUAAAUCCGCCCGAGCCUUCACUUCUAGAGAUUUCUGAAACUUCCCAACAUUUUCCGCCAAGUUUUCCUCAAACGCAACAAGACGCUUUUAAAAUAUAUAUACCAUGAAAAAACAACCUCUCAGUUCGUGUUAAAAGGUCGAGCCGCCUUGAGCUGCUGUUUUGUGCGAGCGAACCACCUGAUGUCGCUUCUUCACCCACGUGUAAGGACGGCUCGCCGCUGAAGUUUUCUCUCUUCAACCCCCUCCGCCCCCUCCCCCCACCCCCCACCCCAUAUCAGACUCUCAGUGUUUGUUUUGAAAGCCGGAUUUGCGUUGAGGAUGAGCGCCUGGAGAGUGGCCAUCGUGACCAUCAUCCUGUGGCACCAGCUAGCCCUCUACAGGCAGGCGCUGGCCAAGAGACCCCUGAGGAUAAACCAGCACACGGAGCCCUACAACACCACACUGACCAACAGCGAUGAGGGUUCUUCCCUCCAGACCCCCUCCUCCAGCCCGGAGGGUGGAAGAAUGGGGCGUAGACUUCUUCAUGACUUCCGACGCCAGUGUCAAUCCAUGGUCAGCCAACAGGUGGCACCCUUGUUGCAGGGUGAGACGACCCAUCUCCCAGAAAGUCGAGAGCAUCGCCCAGUGGAUCCACAUUCAUCCUGGAUAAAAUUUGUACAACGAGAUGGAGUCAAGAAAAGCAAGAAAUGCAAGGCCAACCGGAAGAAAGUAUUGCCUAGCCUCUUUGGCCCGCCAGGACCUCCAGGACCCCCCGGACCACCUGGACCUGCUGGAGCUGAGGUCACACAAGAGAUAUUGCUACGUGAAUUUAAAGAUAUGAUAAGAGAAGCAGCAGAGAGACGGGCAACCAUGUUGACAGAGGUCCAUGCAAGUUUGAGUCCACCACCUUCUCUCCCAUUUGAGGACAUCCAUCCAUACAAAAGAGUAGAAGAAGCUUUUCAUUGUAAACUGAAGGGGAUGGUUAUUGUGGACAAAAGGACUCUCUUAGAGCUUCAGAACUUCCAGACGCCGCUUGCAAAAGGUGCAUUCUUGAGAGGAUCUGGAAUGAAUCUGUCAACUGGGCGAUUUACAGCACCAAUAACUGGCAUCUACCAGUUUUCUGCCAAUGUACACAUCGAUCACAGUGAAAUGAAGAGCAAAGGACCACUUCGUCCAAGAGAUAACGUGCGAGUUCUCAUUUGCAUCGAGUCCCUCUGCCAACGGAAUAUCUCCCUUGAAGUCAUAGUUGGACUGGAGAGCAACAGCAAAAUAUUCACAGUCUAUGUGCACGGGCUACUUCAGUUACAGGCUGGGCAAUAUACCUCCAUAUUCGUGGACAACAGUGCUGGGGCACCAAUAUCCAUCCAGAGUGGAUCAGAUUUUAUGGGGAUACUUGUUGGUGUAUAGCAAGUCGCAUCCUGUUAAGAAGAAACUAACUUUAAUGUCAACUGUAACGUUAUUAGAAUCUCAAUCCUUUUUUAAAAAAAACAAAUCAGAGAUGGAAUUAUUGGUAUAACUGUUGAUGUGAAGAAAAACUGGUGGGAUUUUACCUUCAACAGCUGCUGCCUUUGUACCCUGCCCAUCUAAUCUUUCCAUCAGCUUUAAGAAACCCAUAUUUCGUUAGAACUUUUACUUCACAAACAUGCGAAAUGCCACCCUCAGUGGCAAGUUUUCAUCUGCAACACUGGACUGCAAUAUGCUAAAGUGAUCAUACCUAACUUUCAUUCAGACAUGACAGUAGAAGGGCUAAGCAAGAGAUGCACAUUCAAGCUCUUAUUGCCUUGCUAACGGUGUUAAAAAAGCUCCUCAUGACAACAAAAAUAUUAAUUUUAUUGAUUAAAUACAAUUUUAAUAUUGGAA